GACAAAGAUGACCAGACAGACCUGGGCAGACCGCAAUCCUGGUGCCACGCCGACAGGAACGCUUAACUUAUAUUGCGACCUCCCCUCUCUUAUACAUGUAUAUCAUCACAUGUAACACAUCUUCGCGUUUUUUUUGCACUUUUAGUUUGUAGACCAUGCCCAUUCACGAUCCGUAAAACAUUCCAUUUCUUAUAAUCAUCUUCACUUUUCCAUCCCGAGCUUUCCAUAUACCCUUCGCUGAAAAAGAUCACGACUUGCACGAGGAAUUCACUUCAUAAUAUUUUCAAUCCCCACCAAUCACGGACAAUGAGCUUACCCAAGCCAAAGUCCAAAUACCUUGGUUCCGCCGCGACAACCAUUUACAAUUUUUGUGAGCAUCUUGUACUGAGAGCAGCUAGCAAUGACCAGCUCAGGGCAUAGUGUUCCCGCCAGAAACGGUGAACAUGGCGUAUCCGUCAUCUCAGCCUCUUCACACCAACGGAUAGUUCACAUACCGAACAUUCUUCCUCACGAACGGGUGUUUCCCAUUCAGAUAGGUACUGAGUUGUUCAAGCUGUCCGGCGCCUCACUUUCCUCUGAUGCCCCCUCCUACUUCUCGCAGUACUUCCUCUGCCAACUCAAACAGGCCUCCGACGCCGGCCAAGACGCCUCCACCGCCAUCCGCACCCUCUACAUCGACCGCGACCCCGUCACCUUCAAAGACAUCUCUCUGCACCUCCAGGGCUACCACGUCCGGCCCCGGGACGCCACUCACCUUGUCCGCCUCUUCGCCGAUGCCCAGUUCUACUCCCUUCCCAAGCUCAUGUCCCAGCUCUACGAGGAACCCAUCCACAUCACCAUCGGCUCCACACCCUUCCAGAUCCCGCGCGAAAUCUUCUCCCUUUCUGGACCCGGGAACACGCCCAACUUCUUUACGCUCGGGUUCGCCAUCUUUUUCAGCAAUCCCGAGGAUUUGUUUCCCGGUCUGGACAAGGAGGGUCUGAUUCGUCCGCCGUCCAUCGUCGCGCCUAAUGUACCGAAUCGCAGUGCCGAGGUCUUUCAGGAACUACUGCAUAUGCUGAGAGGGUACCCGGUGAAGAUCAGGGAUGAGAGGCAUCGGCAGGAGCUUCUGAGGGACUGCAGGUAUUUCAACUUCAAGGGCCUGGAGCAGCGGUUGAUCCCGCAUGAAAAGGGGUUCAAUCAGGUCAGGGGACGGGAGGAGAUUGUGCUGGGGUUGAGAGAUAUUAUGAAGAGCGGUAUAAGCGUGGCUAAUGAGCCGGUGGAGGGAGAUCCGUUGGCGGGGUGGGUGAAUUACGCCAGGCCGUAUGCGGACGACAAAGCGAUGGAACUCGUACUUGAAAUCGGCGAAGAAGCCACGCGGUUACACAUUGGACCUGGCGGGAAGGAUGUCAGAGCGGAGUUCUUCACGGACAUCAAGGCGAAAAUGGCCAAGUUAUUCGACGUCAUCGCUACCAAGCUCAACUUGCCCUCCUCCACUCAGCUCUCGGGGCUAUUGAUGGCCAAAGGAGGGAUGGGUAGCGAACCGCCCACGUCAAGAGACACUCUUCUCAGCGAGGACCUCAUCCGCGUCAUCCUCGACCCCGAAGCAAGCAUAACAUUAGACGGCCAACCCUGGACAGCAGACGACUCUGAUCAAACUGCCCAUCCAUCACUACCCGCACACGAAACCGUAAACAGCACCCCCGGCACCACCUUCCCAUCUGCCUCCUCCUCCGGCGGCCCCUCAACGGCCGAAACCCCCAAUUCCAUCAACCUCAGCACCAACCCCUCUUCCUCCCAACAACCGAACCACCAACAAUCAUCACCACUCGACGAAAACCCCAACCCCCGCAAACGCCGACGCCUAGACUCCAGCCCGCCCUACGGAGUAACAACCACCGUCCCCACCUCACCACUAGGCGGCGAGCAAUGGAUCGUCAAAACCGGCCAGUGGCGGCUGCGUAUUCAAUCGGUUAACAACACCAAGAACGCGUCCAGUCCCUUGACCUCCAACCCGGCUAAGGCGUCGUCGGUGGUGGAAUGCUGUUUGGUGGCGGUCAAGCUUGAUGCGCUGAGCAGCGAGAGGAGGAGGAAUGAGAGGAGGGGGUUUUUGGGUGGUUAGGUACCUGACAUUAAGAUGAGGGUGAGGCCCUGGGGGUACUGAUGGGAUGGAAAACGGUUGAUGGGAUGGGUGAACUAGGAUCCGCCGAGACACAAUAUGGAGACCUAGUCAAUGCAAGGUUCUUGUAGCGGGUAUUCAAUGCUCAUUAGGUAGUCUAUGGGACUU